AUGGACGAAACCCCAAAUGAAUGUGCCUGGAUGCAUUCUAUCAAGGUCACGCUGGGUUCUCUUGAUCACAGGGAUGUUCAAUCAUUCAUAAGCAGCAUUCCCAGCGUCCCCACUCAACUUCGAAAGCCCAAUGAACAAGCUUACUCCCCGAAACUCGUCACCAUUGGACCCAUUCACAGAGGAACCAAAAGUCACCUUCUUGCCAUGGAAGAGCACAAAUGGCGUUACAUGCUUUCCCUUCUUCACCGAACCCAAAACCCUGUUUCCGCCUUAGACAAAUGUGGCACCGUCAUUCUUGGCUUAGACGACGCUGUUCGUGCAAGCUAUGGAGGCAACAUCAGGUAUGACUCCCACGAGCUAGCUAAGAUUAUGCUUUUGGAUGGUUGUUUCUUGUUAGAACUCCUUCUUCGAUUGUCGCCACCAGAGCUCAUGAAUUUAUUACCAAAUGACCAUGAAUCCCACAACCAUGCUUCUGAUCCUAUAGUUCAAAACGAGGAGUUCCUUUUCUCUGUUCUAACGGAUCUGACUCUGCUUGAGAACCAAAUACCCUUCUUUGUUAUCAAGACAUUGGCCAGGAUACUUUUUCCCAGUCUCUUCACCAGGGAUGCUGAUAAUCUUGUUUCAGAUCUCGCUCUUUCCCUGUUUAGAUACCCUUGGAUUCGUUGUUCAAGUGUCGCUCACUUUCUCCAUCUUUUGCACUUAUCCUCCAUCGUUGAAGAAGGACAGAAGGUGAAACAAGCUCACCAAGAACUUCGGCGGUGUGCUACCAGGUUGAGAGCUGCUGGGGUUGCAAUUCGACCUGCACAUUGUAAAAACAUCCUCAGAUUUAACUUUGGGUUUAGAUUCAGCAAAGGGGUUCUAGAAAUUCCACCUUUGCAUAUCGUGAACACCACAGAAAUCUACUUGAGGAACUUCAUCGCUUGGGAGCAGAGUAGGAUCGGAAUCAACAGGCAGUUCACUUCCUAUGCUCUGUUUUUCAAAGGGUUGAUCUGUUCUCUCCAGGAUAUUGAGCUGCUCGUAGAAAAUGGAGUUAUAAUGAAUGAAACCAAGAUAAGCAACGAAGAUUUACUCGAACUUUUUAGUACAAUCACAAGUGGGGCAGACCAAAUGGAUUCAAGUUACAGUCAACUGUGUGAGGACUUGAACGCAUACUCGGCAGUGAACCCCUUGGUGAAGUUCCCUAUAAUGAUGUGCCAUUAUUGCAGACUGUGUGUAGAAUUCAUCAAGUUCUUCUGCAAACGCAGCUAUAGGAUCCUGAUUCGUGACCAUAUCCCUAAUGUAUGGAAAUUGAUAGGAGUAAUAGCUGCUGCUCUGCUGCUUGCUCUUACUAUCAUGCAGACCUAUUAUUCUGCCCGUGACUAA